UUUGGGGCACAGGGGGAGGGGGCCGUGUCCAUAUAAGGAGGGUCAGCGGCCCCAGCUCUCUCCGAGAGCUCGGGCAGGCCGCCGCAUUCUCAUGCCUGGGCGCAGCGACAUGGAGCCGCCCGCUGCUUUCUCGGGCUUCCCGGCCCCGCCCUCGGUCGCGCCGUCGGGGCCGCCGCGGUCGCUGCUUGCCGGAGCCGAGCCCGGGCCGGAGCCCGAGGAGGCGGCCGCGGGCCGCGGGGAGCCGGAACCUGCGCCAGCGCCGGGCCCGGGCCGCCGCCGCCGCCGGCCCUUGCAGCGAGGGAAGCCGCCCUACUCGUACAUCGCGCUUAUCGCCAUGGCGCUGGCUCACGCCCCGGGCCGCCGCCUCACGCUGGCCGCCAUCUACCGUUUCAUCACCGAGCGCUUCGCCUUCUACCGCGACAGCCCGCGCAAGUGGCAGAACAGCAUCCGCCACAACCUCACGCUCAACGACUGCUUCGUCAAGGUGCCCCGGGAGCCGGGCAACCCGGGCAAGGGCAACUACUGGACGCUCGACCCGGCGGCUGCCGACAUGUUCGACAACGGCAGCUUCCUGCGGCGCCGCAAGCGGUUCAAGCGCGCCGAGAUGCCCGCGCUCCCUGCCGCGCCGCCCGCCCCCGCCGCCGGCCCGCCGCCCUUCCCCUACGCGCCCUACGCGCCCGGCCCCGCGCUGCUCGCGCCGCCUCCUCCCGCCGCUCCGGGCUCCACGCCGCCCGCGCGCCUCUUCAGCGUCGACAGCCUGGUGAGCCUGCCGCCCGAGCUGGCGGGGCUGGGCGCCCCUGAGCCGCCCUGCUGCGCUGCGCCCGACGCCGCCUUCCCGCCCUGCGCGGCAGCCGCCUCCCCGCCUCUCUACUCGCCGCCGCCCGACCGCCUGGGGCUGCCCCCGACGCGUCCUGGCCCCGGACCGUUGCCCGCAGAGCCGCUGCUGGCCCUGGCAGGGCCGGCGGCCGCGCUCGGCCCGCUCGGCCCGGGGGAGGCCUACCUGCGGCCGCCGGGCUACGCGCCGGGGCUGGAGCGCUACCUGUGAGCCCUUCCAGCCCGGCGGAGUGGCUCGGGCCCCUCUCCCCCAGGACGGGGCGCUGCCUGGGAGCCCCCAUCUGUGCCCCCUUGGCUUGGAGCGCACCUCGGAGCUCCCAGUUCUGCUUGAUGGACUGAGCACACCUGUUGCAUCUGUCUCUAACCCCCAUCUCUGGGGAGCCUCCCGCUGUCUCUCCACCGGACUGAAUCCCCCUCCCCACCGCGAACUGUAAGGCCCCCGUUUCUUCGCCCUCCACUGUUCACGCCCCCCACCCGCCAGCGCCCUUUUGGGUCCCACGUCUGGAGACCCUGGAUCACCACCUGUGAGCCCUCACCUCGGGUUUCUGGUGAAGUCCAAGCCUUCUGAAGCCAGACCUUCGAUCUCAAGCCACUUCCCGACUGGCUCCUCACUUCUUUAACCUUCCCUGGUGUUUUUAUAAGACAAGGAGUCAAACCCAGGUCAGACUCCCAGGUUUAUGACUCCCUUGCUGUUGUCCCUUCAUCCCCCCACAAGUUUGUCCCCGCACCCCCCCAGUUACCUGUACGUUCUCGGUUUCUUACUGGGAGAGCGCUCCCCUUCCAUACAGACGCACCUAGCUGAGCUCUUGCAGACCCUGAGGACAGUUCUUCAUCUCUGAGACAAGCAGCACCAGGGGUUCCUUGACUGCAAGGGGAGUUAGUGGGCUGCCCCACCAUAUGGAAAACUUGGGACUUGUUAGGUUAUUAUUUUUUUUAAUUAAAACUAGUUUAAUUAAAAAGAAAGAAGAAAACUUCCUCUGGGCCCGGUGUGUCGGCUGGUGACUUGGGGGAGUGGUCUGGGGAGGCAGUGGGGGAGCUUUGCUCAGGAUCUUGGGUCACCACAUGGGGUGAGCCCCUUGUGAGUUACUAGGCAGAGGUUCAUGAAGUAGGAUUAGGAUGUGAUUAAGCCAUAGCUGUGCACAUAGUAGGCCUGGUAAAAUGCCAUCACCUGCCGCGGAGGUUGGUAGAGGUGAGAUGGGGCUUGCAAAUGAGUGUAUUUGGCCAGUGGGUUUGUCUGCUGUGUGGGAUUAUUCCCAGCUCCCAUGGAUAAGGGAGCGCUGGCUACUCCUCCAACAAGGACUUACUGAAUGUGCCGAGCACUGGGAAUAUAUCACUAAACAAAUGGGCAAGAUCCCUGCCUUAAGGAGCUUACGGAUCCGUGGGGAAGAGACAUUACCAAUCAGUUCUCAGAGAAAUGAGACAAGAGGUCUAGAGCCUUCCACUCAAACUGUGGUCCAGGUCCCAGAGACCUGGGAGCUUGUUAGAAAUGCAUAAUCUCAAGCUCUAACUCAGAUCUACUGAAUCAUCAGAUUCCACAUUUUAACAAAAUUCCCAGGUGAUUAGUAUAUGCACAGUAUUCUGGAGGAAAGGCACCGUGCCAAGGCUGGGGCUCAGUUUAAAAGUCUACUCCCUACUUUAAGGAGUGGGACCAGGCUGCAGAACCGUACAUGCCCCGCUGGAUGAAGCCUGAGUCUGCACCAUCAGCUAUGUCCCCUGUUUUACCUCCCCUGCUGGAUUGGGAGCUGGGGCAGCAGGGACCUGAGCUGACUCAUGACUGUCCCCAGCACCAAGGACAGGGCAGCACUGAGCAGACACUAGGAGGUUGCAGCAUGAGGGAGGGAGUUGGCCUUUGACCCUAUCCUGCUCUCUGGUGCUGACCCAAAUGCUAAGCGUCAGGCUUUUCCAAGCUCCUUUGCCCCAGGGUUUUCAGUCUAGUAGGGCCUGGAUGAGGUGUGGGGAAGGGCGGGGGAGGGGAUCAGUGUGUCUGAGCCCCGGGUGAACGUGAUUUGCACGUUGGACGUGCCUGGUGCUCCUCUCUUAGAUACAAGAGUUUAAGGCUCCAGGGCAGUGAUGGAGGGUGAACAUGGAGCAUAGGCAUCUCAUAGAGAAGACCGGUUCAGGAAAUCUGAGAAGGCAGGGAAGGCCCUCUUUGGAGGUAGGGCAGUAGGUAUGCACAGUCUUGGUAUGAAAUACCCUGGAUAGACCCUGCUCCCUCAGCUAUUAACCCCUGUGGGCAAGAGUCAGAUCUAAUUUGCCUGAUGCAUAGUGGCCCUUCACUUAAUAUUUGAUGACUGAUUGACUGAGUGAAUGAAUCCUUAGUGUCUAAUAUUGUGCCUGACGUACUGAAUAAUGAUUGGGUUGACAGUACUUUGGCACCUUCUUACCCAUUCUCACUUUUAGUCCUUGUGGUGAUCUGCAAAAGAGCUGAAAGAGGUGAAAGAGGUGGAGGUGGAGACUAGGUCCCCACUGGUCCAAUAAGAAAAUUGUCCGUCCCCGGGUCCCAACAGGUUAUCGAAGAUCCUGCCCUCAGUUCUCUAAGGAGUAGAGCUCCACAGAGAUGAAA